GUUGCUUAUCACACCACCAAAAUCGGGUUGUCAUUUUGCAGAUCAAAAUGUUGCGAGCGAAGCUGACGCCGCAGGUGCCUCGCCUGACACGAGCUCUGAGUGCCUCUCGUGCCCCGCAGACGGAGUAUGACUAUCUGGUAAUCGGUGCCGGAAGUGGAGGUAUGGCUAGUGCACGUCGUGCUGCCAGCUACCCUGGUACGCGCGUGGCGGUCGUGGAGCAAGCCCGGCUGGGUGGCACCUGCGUCAACGUAGGCUGUGUUCCCAAGAAACUCAUGUUCAUUGCCGCUGACAUGAGUCACAAACUGGACCACGACUUCCUGCACUAUGGCUUUGAGGACGAGGCGACAGGGGAACAUUUGGGCAAGCGGACUCACUUCGACUGGAUGAAGCUCAAGGCUCGUCGUGACGCCUACGUUCUGCGUCUUAACGGAAUUUACGAAAGGAACUUGGCGAAUUCCAAAGUGGAGUUGAUUCGAGGAUCGGCAAAGUUUAAUGAGAAUGGGAAUGUGGAGGUGGACGGCAAGGAGUUGCUGGCCAAGAAUGUUCUGAUUGCAGUCGGAGGCAAACCGCUGAUUCCUGACAUUCCGGGCAAGGAACUUUGCAUCGACUCGGACGGGUUCUUUGAGCUGGAGAUUCUCCCCAAGAAGGUGGCGGUCGUUGGCGCCGGUUAUAUUGCAGUAGAACUGGCGGGUGUGCUCAAUGCGCUAGGCUCAGACACGUCGAUCUUUUGUCGCAAGGAGGGUGUGCUCCGCUCGUUUGAUGAUAUUGUGCGUACAACGCUGGAAGACGCCAUGGUGAAGGACGGUGUUCACUUGCGACCUCACAGCAACGUCGCUCGUGUGGAACAGGCAGCUGAUGGCACUAAGACUGUAGUGCUCACUGACGGUUCGGAAUACAACGGUUAUGAUGUUGUGAUGUACGCUGCUGGCCGAGUGCCUCUAACGUCAAACCUUCAGCUCGACAAGGCGGGAGUCACAACUGACGAGCACGGUUUUAUUCCAGUGAACGAGUUCCAAGAAACCUCAAACAGCAAAGUGCUUGCAGUUGGCGAUGUGUGCGGCACUCCAGCGCUGACUCCCGUUGCCAUCGCUGCUGGGAGGAGGCUCUCUGAUCGCCUGUUUGGCGGUCUGAAUAAUUCAAAGGUCUCAUACGAAAACAUCCCGACAGUCGUGUUCAGCCACCCUCCUAUCGGUACGAUUGGCCUGACCGAAGACCAGGCUCGCCGCAAGUAUGGUGACGACGCUGUCAAGGUGUACACGAGCCGCUUUGUGAACAUGUAUUACGGCCUGAUUAACGAGGUUGACGAAUCGACGGGAGAGCCAAAGGACAAGCCCAAGACGGCCAUGAAACUCGUGUGUGUUGGCAAAGAGGAAAAGGUUGUGGGUCUGCAUAUGAUCGGCAUGGCCGCCGACGAGAUCCUCCAGGGCUUCGGUGUGGCCGUAAAAAUGGGUGCUACCAAGGCCGAUUUUGACAAUUGCAUUGCGAUCCACCCGACUGCAGGCGAGGAGCUCGUGACACUGGCGCCCUGGGGCCUCAGCGGGCGCGAGUGAAGGACACCAGUUGAAGCUAGACGUUCCCAUCUGGGCCGAUAAACUCUGCGACAUGGUAGAGAACUAAAGGUGGUUGAAUUGAGAUUCAGAACUGAUUCAAUCGCAAUUAAAGGAACCGGCCCCCAAUUGAAAUUGAAAUUCCCUCGAAACUUGAGAUGUCGCUUGAGCGACACCUCACUGGAGGCCGACGAAACG